CCUCCACAAACCAAGCCAAGUCGAGCCGAACUUGCAAGCGCGUACAAGCAUAGACAAAGCAAAUCAGUCAACAGACAAAGCAAAACAGUCAGCUGUUUCGGAGCAGCAUUACGCGAGCUUCACCAGCUGAACGUGUUUAUGGUGGAAACGGAGAACGAUGUCUCACAGGGAAGGUAAAGUGCUGAGCCUCCGGUUUAAUCAGGACCACGGCUGCUUCUCAUGCUGCAUGGACAAUGGUCUGCGCAUCUACAAUGUGGACCCCCUCUCCGAGAAGGCUCACCUGGAUGCCUCGGUGGUGGGCAGCGUGGCCCUGUGUGAGAUGCUGUGCCGUAGCAACCUUCUGGCCCUGGUGGGAGGAGGUCCCUACGCAAAGUUUGCCGACAACACUGUGCUCAUCUGGGAUGACCUGAGCAAGCGCUUUGUCAUGGAGUUCACCUUCCCUUCCCCCGUGCUGGCAGUGAGGCUACGCAGGGACAAGAUCUUUGUGGUGAGCCGGCGGCAGAUCCACGUGAUGUCAUUCCUCAACAAGCCGUCCAAGUUGUUCUCCUGCGACACCUGGGAUAACCCCUUGGGGCUCCUGCAAGUGACUCCCCAGGCAAGCUGUGAGCGCCACCUGAUGGUGUUUCCAGCACAGCGCUGCGGCAGUGUACAGCUUGUGGACCUUUCGGCAACGGAGCCAAGCAGCUCCCUGUCCCCUGUGACCAUCCCUGCCCACCAGAACGAGAUUGCCUGCCUCGCUCUGAACCAGACAGGAACCAUGCUGGCCACAGCCUCUCAAAAGGGCACGCUGAUCCGUGUAUUUGACACAUUCAAGAGGACCCUGCUGGUGGAACUCCGCAGAGGAACCGACCCUGCCACACUUUACUGCAUCAACUUCAGCCACGACUCGGAGUUCCUGUGCGUGUCAAGUGACAAGGGCACCAUUCACAUCUUCGCCCUCAAGAACACUCAGUUGAACCGGCGGUCCACGUUCUCACACAUGGGCUUCCUGGGGCCUUACGUGGAGUCGCAAUGGGCCCUGGCACAUUUCACGGUGGCCGCAGAGUGUGCCUGCGUGUGUGCCUUUGGAUCGGCCUCUUCUGUCUUCGCCAUCUGCGUGGAUGGCUCCUUUCACAAGUAUGUCUUCACCAAGGACGGCAGCUGCAACCGAAAGGCUUACGACAUCUACCUGGAGAACUGCGAGGACGACGACCUCUGAGGCCUCUCUAAACAUCGCGGUGGCUCGAAAGGCAAAAUGUUUGUAAAUAUAAUUUUUUAACGUGCGUAAACUCAUACGUCGAGGUGCACUUUUGUUGUCUCGCUUCCUUCGUCUUAUUCCCAUCUGUGUUCUGCUUAGCAGACAGAAGAAUGUUACAGAAGCAUGCAGAUAAGACAAAUAAAGCUCAAUUUUUUCAACUGCA